CAAUUGCCUCUUGCCCCGCCCAUGUCAGUGAUUAUUGUGUCAGGUGGAGGAGCACCGCUCUGUUAUAUGAACAAAUACUAACAAUUGGAUUUGAUUUCGGGGCAGAGGACGGAUUCAGGUUCGGAGCGGUUCUCACACCAGUUCCUCUGGUUCGGAGAGCCUGAGAAGCGGGUCUGACCUUGUUUUUAGUGGGCUUGGAAACCCCACGAGAGAGGGAAAGUUUAUUUUAUCUUCGACUUUCUGGCAAUCAUCAUGUUCAGAUAGAGAUCAGAAUCUGCGACAGCAAACAUGCUGAGGCGUCUCGACAAAAUCCGGUUUCGGGGCCAAAAACGGGAGGAGUUCCUUGACGCGACCGAGUCACCCAACACAUCAGACACAGAAUGCAGUGACGACGUCGUGAUGAAAACACGCUUCUUGCCCAAAGAGCAAGAAGAGCUGAGGGAACCUGAGUUAGAACAGCAGAUGGAAGCCCAGGCUGGUCCUGAAUCAUUUCUGGCAGGUGUCCAAGAAGAACCAAAGACUGAUUUGAAUGAAGUGAAAGGACUUCUAGAAAUCGCUUUGUUGGAAAAACACUUCUUAAAGGAGGAGUUGAGGAAACUGAAGGAUGAGUCCCACAUAGCUUCACUGAAAGAGGAACUGGAGAAAGAGCGACGCAAACGCAUUGAGCUGGAACAGAAGGUCAAUGAUGCCAUAAAAUUAGGAGUUGAGGAUUCUCCAUCUAAGUCAAGAAAAUCUCCAUCCCCUCAGCCUUCUCUAAGCAGCAGUACAGAAAAACAUAAAGAGACUCUAUGCAACAACUUCUUGAAAUGGCUUUACCAUCGUAUUGGAGUUUACAUCGAAGACUUCCGCUUCCAGCCAGAAGAAACAACUGUGGAGAUGGAGGAGCCACUAAGUGGAAGGAGGCUGACUGAAAACAUGAGACGCUUCAAACAAGGGUUCAGACCCGUGACAAACUUCAAGAGGAACCUGUCUGCCUUAUCCAGCUGGUACUCUGUGUACACGUCUGCCAUUGCCUUCAUUGUGUACAUGUAUGCAGCGUGGCAUGGCUGGACCAUCCCCAUGUUCCUGUUCCUCGCAAUUCUCCGCCUUUCCCUGAAUUAUUUCAUUUCCAGAGGCUGGAAGAUCCAGUGGAGCAUCGUACCUGAAGUGUCUGAGCCAUUGGAACCUCCAAAAGAAGACUUGACUGUAUCUGAGAAGUUCCAGUUGGUUCUCGAUGUUGCUCAGAAAGCACAGAAUCUUUUUGGAAAGAUGGCCAACAUCCUUGAAAAGAUAAAAAAUCUAUUCAUGUGGGUCCAGCCAGAGUUGACUCAAAAGCUCUACGUGGGACUGUGGGUGGCCUUUAUCUCCUCAUGCCUGUUACCUUACCAGCUGCUGGGCUUCAUCAUAGGGGUUUAUGCAGGUAUCAAGUUCUUCAUUAUUGACUUUAUCUUUAAAAGUUGCCCCAAACUACGGCAACGCUUUGACAGCUUCUACGUCAUCUGGACCAACUUACCCACCAACCUGCAGCUGAAGGAGCGCAGCAACACUACCCUGAGCAGACGGGUUGCCCCAGCAGGGGGCCGAGGGAGCGUUUGUAAUGCUGCUCCUCUCGGUACCAGCAGAGAAGAUGAUGGCGGCCGAUACUUCAGCACAAAGAAAGGAGCUUUUCACGAGGUUUUCAGCCUUCCAGAGAGUGAGCGCCCUCUGCCAGUGUGUGAGAACGGCUGGCGCUGCUGCCUAAUCAAUAGAGACAGGAAGACACCAACAGACUACAUCCGUCACGGAGUCCUGUAUGUUACAGAGAACCACUUGUGUUUCGAGAGCUCCAGCUCAAGAUCUGGUUCUUCAAAGAGGAAUAAAGUCAUCAAACUGACUGACAUCACUGACAUCCAGAAAUAUAAGGCUUUGUCAGUGCUACCUGGAUCGGGGAUGGGGAUCUCCAUAGCAACACCUGCCACCCAAAAGCCGAUGGUGUUUGGUGCCAUGAUGCACAGAGAUGAGGCAUAUGAUGCCAUCUCCUCCCAGCACACAAAAAUGGUUGAAAAGGAUCGAGCCAAAGAUCCAGAGACGUAGACCCAGAGACGUGUGCAAGAUCGUCCUCAACACAUUUUUAAGAAUCUGGGUCGCUGUCCUUCACAUCAUGUUUUUAAAGCAGUACAGCAGUUCCCGGCUGUUGGGGGUGAUCCACUGUCUGUCCUGUCUGGAUCAGCAGAACCUCGUCUUUUGUCUGCAUAUUGCAAGAAGGCAUUCUUAAUGCACGAGAACGGUUUCCUUAUUCAACAGUGAUUUUUACAUUUUUUUAAAAAACAUAUUCUGUCCUCUUGGUUAGACUUCUGGUCUGUUUAUAUUCACAUUCAGGGCAAUGUAAAUACUUUAAAUUAGGGAUUUUUUUUCUCCCUUUUUAGGAGAAUGGAUUUAGUUGGAGGUGUCAUAGUGUACUAGCCACCCAGUUUGACACCUUUACAGGUUCACGAUUACGUUUUAGCCAAUGUUUCUCGUCAUGUCCAUCCUAGGAGAUAUUUUUAGUUCAGAUACCAGGAGGAUUUCUAUGUUUUAUCUGCUUUAAAAUCCACUGCCUCAGCAGAACCAGCCUGCUGGGUCUGCUCCAGUCAUCCGUUUACAGAGCUGCUCAAUAAACAAAAGGUUGAAAUGGGUACAGGUACAUGUCAACAUUUGGCUCAGUAAAUAUAUUUGUAAUAUUUUUGUUGAGAUGAAAUUCAUACAAGAUUCAGUUUAUUUCAGCUUGUUUAAAUAGUUUCCCAACAAGUAUUUUCUCAAAGCACUUUGCAAAAGAGGUAAAAUCACCCUCAACAUUGAGAUGGAUUCAAAUUUGAUCAUAGUUAUUAAACAAUGCUGUCAGGUUCAGGUUAUGUUUUAAGCUGGUCAAAAGUUUUCUGCCUGGGGAAACCUGACUUCAUUCAUUCACAAUGAAUGAAGGAUGAAUUGAGAAAUGUACUGGAACUUCCUCGAUAAGGAUCUGAAGAUUAAAUUAUUUGGGAUUUCCAAGAAACACACCAAGUCAAACCCAGAGAAAUUUUAUGUCAGUACAUUAGGAACAUUUUUACUGAGAAAAAAAAAAACACUUGUAUCAAAUCACAGUUGCCAUCACAAUAUGAAUGUGUGCCAUGAUGCAGUCCCAAAGCGCUGCUUAAAUUCCAUAUUUAGGAGGCUAUACUAUUUUACGUGUUUAGAAUAUGUGCUCCACAAACCCCUUAAUAGAUUCACCCUGAAGAACAUUCACUACUGCUGGCACAAACGGCUGAUGGAAAAUGCAUUCAUAAAAUGAUGUUUACAGCAGACAUUGUCAGAGGAAACAAAUUAAUCAUAACCAAUAUUCACCAAUAUUACAAUUAAGGAAAAUAUUUUUGUUGGCAUCAAUUAGCACUAAGACGGGCUCAAACGUCAUUAUAUGUUGAUUCAGCCUGUGACAUGAUACUCGUCUGUAUUGUAGUGUGAAAGCUCACCCAUAAAGGAAGUCCAUGUAUUUUAAAGUGAGGUUUAUAACUGUAUUCUGAGCUGGUGUUUUCUGUGCAAGUCAGUCAAUUUAUGUUUUUUGUGGUACUAGAUAGAAAACCUUAAAAGAAAUCCUGUUUUACACAGGAAAUACAUGGCAUAGGCUGUAUUUAGAUUUUUAUUUGUGAAAAUAUAAAAUACGGUAGUUAAGUUGUCUAAAAAAAUUAGCUUGUUUUUGUUCCCUUGAUUUAAUUUUGGAGUUCUUAAAAGGCAGGAGGUCUCGGUGUUUUUCUGCUCAUAUUUUAAGUUGUUUUAACUAAAGCCGUGUUCGUUUCUAAAUGUUCCGUUUUAACAUUUAUCAGAUUUUUUUUAACUGUAAUCCUAAUUUGGCAGAUUUAUAUACAUAUGGACUCAUGUAAAGAAGUAAGAAUUUGAUAUGAGGACGUUGUAACAAUGACCUGAUUUUCACCAGGUUGAGGUUUAAGCAGAUUCCACAUGUCAAAUAAAAUGGAAGCAGAAAAAGAAAAGCUGCUUUUGAAAAACUAAGUACAGAUUAGAUGCAUCACUUUGCAGCGGUCAUCAUUUUUAUCAGUCUCUGCAGAAGUAUUUCACUCCACUCUUCAGCAGGAUGAUAUUGUUUCUGCUGUUUGUGCUGAACUUGUUCAUUCUUUUUCUUACUGCUCCAUUUCUAGAAACAUUUAAGUUAACAUCAGUUAACUUAAAUGUUAACUAAUGUUAACAUUUAACAUCUGAAUUCUGCAGAGUCUGAAUUUGAAGCCUUUAGGUUUUUGCAGCUUUUGCAGAGGACUGCUCAAACCUCAGGAGUUAAUAAUGCACUGGAAUCCAUUUUGGGCAGAUUCUUGUGGUCUGUGUGACAUUCUUGCUACUCUUGGCUUUUCAUGGUUUGGCUUUUCAUUUGGACACGCUGUGUCACUGGGUACAAUAUAUUGAAAUGUGCAUGUUCUACUUUUGUGUCCACAUUGUUAAAAAAUGUUUGGAUUCAUAAAGGACGUAAUAAUCCAAAAUAAUCAGUUGUUAUUCGUGGAUGCUCACAUUAUCUGUAUAAUCUUAAUCUUCAACUUUUAUAGCAGUGUUACCUCAUGUACCAGUUCAUUUUUCUGACCUCCUGAAACAUAACUUAAAGAGGUUAUAGUUUUCUUAAUCAAGACUCUGUGUCACCCAUAAUACUCCUUAGGUUGAAUUGUAAAUAGGAAUAGAAAACUUAUUUUUUUUUUUUUUUAGCUGUUUUAUCUUUAAUCUGAAGUGGUAGGAUGUCUUUACAGAGGACUGAUUUGAACAUUUGAUCAUGUUCUUUUGUUCUACAUGAUUACAUAUACACAAGAAUUAAUUUUAAAUAUAUAGGUUAGAUCACAAAAUGUGUGCAGUACAACUUUAAAUAAAACAAUCUUCUCAGUAUACUGGGUUGUGUAGGUUAGAUAAUCUAAUCAGAAGUAACUAAUAAAAAAAAACAGCUAUUUGGUUUUUAUUAUUAAAAUCACUGGCAAUAAGAAAUGUAAAUUGUUCAUUCUGACAAAGUUUUUAUGUAUUGUUUUGUAUCUAUGGACAACUUUUUAAAUGUGUACCAAUGAAACAGCGCCUCCUACAGUUGCAUAAUGUCAUGUUUAUUAGUGGGUUCAUCUGUGAAAAUGAAAAAAAAAAAAACACAUUUGAGAGAGAAGGGAGAAGAGUUCUCACUCUGGAGACUCGGUCAUUGAUGAAAACAUGAGAAUAUUAAGCUAAGGCAAAAGUUUUGUUCAAUAUUUAUGUUUUAAAAUAAUAAGAAUGUUUCCGGUCUUUUUGCUCCCGGUUCCUGAUAAGAUGUGAUUACAUGACAUACAUGAAUCAGUGCAUUUCUAUGCCUCAUGUCUGGUUUUCUUGAUCAAAAUUUGGUUUUUCUUUCUGUUAGUUUUAAGUUCCCUUGUUUUCUAGGUAAAAAAAGAAAAUUCUCAGAUGCCAGUUUUUACUUGAAUGCCUUGUUGCCUCGUUGAGACAUUAUUCUCAGACUUCCUGGUUUAGUGUUAAAACUUACCGCACUUUUUUUGUGUGCUGUAGACUUUUAAUAUUGUUUAUAAUAUAAACUUCUGCAAACGUGUUUGUCUGGUGGUUUGGAGUUUUAUAUGUUGUAAUGAUUGAAACUGAGUGACAUUUUGUAAUGGAUCUGCAAUCUCUGUGGUAAAAACUUGGAUAUUUUUUGUAUUUAAGUAAAAAUGGAAAUUCUGCAAA